AGCCUCGGGCUCCAAGGCUGAGGGAACGGGACGGAAGUGAGUGGGUCCCGCCCCUACCCCCUCACUACUUGCUUGAAGCGGCUACUGCAACUGUUGCCGCUGCUCGCUUUCGGGCGAGUGGGAGUCUCCCUGCAGUACCCUCGGUCUCCGGCCGCGCGGAGCCGGGAUGCACUGCUCUUGCUGUGGGUCCUCAUCAUGGAGACCAAACGGGUGGAGAUUCCCGGCAGCGUCCUGGAUGAUCUCUGCAGCCGAUUUAUAUUGCAUAUUCCGAGCGAGGAAAGAGACAAUGCAAUUCGAGUGUGUUUUCAGAUUGAACUUGCCCAUUGGUUUUACUUGGAUUUCUACAUGCAGAACACACCAGGAUUACCUCAGUGUGGGAUAAGAGACUUUGCUAAAGCUGUUUUCAGUCAUUGUCCAUUUUUACUGCCUCAAGGUGAAGAUGUGGAAAAAGUUUUGGAUGAAUGGAAGGAAUAUAAAAUGGGAGUACCAACAUAUGGUGCAAUUAUUCUUGAUGAGACACUUGAAAAUGUACUACUAGUUCAGGGAUACCUAGCAAAGUCUGGCUGGGGAUUUCCGAAAGGAAAAGUAAAUAAAGAAGAAGCUCCUCAUGAUUGUGCUGCUAGAGAGGUCUUUGAAGAAACUGGUUUUGAUAUCAAAGACUAUAUAUGUAAGGAUGAUUACAUUGAACUUCGAAUCAAUGACCAGCUUGCUCGUUUGUACAUUAUUCCAGGAGUUCCAAAAGAUACAAAAUUUAACCCAAAAACAAGAAGAGAAAUUCGGAACAUUGAGUGGUUCUCCAUUGAAAAAUUGCCCUGUCAUAGAAAUGAUAUGACCCCAAAAUCCAAACUUGGUUUGGCACCUAACAAAUUUUUUAUGGCCAUUCCAUUUAUCAGACCUUUAAGAGACUGGCUUUCUCGAAGAUUUGGAGAUUCUUCAGACAGUGACAAUGGAUUUUCCUCAGCUGGCAGCACACCAGCAAAACCCACUGUGGAAAAAUUAAGUCGAACCAAAUUCCGCCACAGCCAGCAGUUGUUUCCUGAAGGUUCUCCUGGUGACCAGUGGGUAAAGCACAGGCAGCCACUUCAACAAAAGCCAUAUAAUAAUCAUACUGAUAUGUCUGACUUCUUAAAAGCAAAGAAUCAAAAUACGAGGGGAAAUGGCAGGAAACAGUAUCAAGACUCCCCUAAUCAGAAGAAAAGAGCAAAUGGGGUGCACAGUCAGUCAGCGAAGCAGCAGAAUCCCUUGAUGAAAUGUGAAAAAAGACUUCAUCCACGAAAACUGCAGGAUAAUUUUGAAACAGAUGCCGCUGUGUAUGACUUACCUUGCUCUGGUGAAGACCACUUGCUAGACCAUGCCGAGGGACAGUCUGUGGCAUGUAAUGGACAUUGCAAAUUUCCAUUUUCAUCCAGAACAUUUUUGAGUUUCAAGUUUGAUCAUAAUGCCAUAAUGAAAAUCUUGGAUCUUUGAUAACAGCAAAUGUGUUAUGGAAGUAUCAAGAUCAGAGGCCUGUUGCAUUUGAGUGUGUGUCUCUUCAAGCCUUACCUUUCUCAGGUUUUUAAGGAAAUGCAGGGAGGCAGUGAUGUGUCUGAAGAGAAGAGAAUGCUCUGUGUGCAGAGGAGAACGUGGCAAGAAACACGAGUUUGCACUGUAAAUGCAGUUAUAAACUUUUAUGCAGAUGUACCUGUUCAGUAUUUAGGCUAAUUUCAGUUGCUUUUUUGAGGACAUUCUUUCUGUGUGAUUGUGGACUUUAUUUUGCAUUGUGGUUAAGAAAAGUGUUUGAGUCAUCUUGAAGUAGCCAUCCAUUAUAGUGAUUGCAAUAGUAGUUUACUUACAUUGACAUUCUUCAAACAAAAAACCUUAAAAUACACAAUUAUUAAACGAACACUUGUGCUAAAGUAUCA